AUGGCACGGUUUUGGGGGCCAAUUAUAUCAAUAUCGAUGCUUGUAGCAGCUUUGCCAGCCUCGUCCCAGCAAGUUUCCAUAAUUCAGCCCGUUGGCGCCUCUGUCUGGACCAGUAGCGGCCUUAUCGAGGGCCACACAGCUCCUCAGAGAUCCAAUGUCUCCGAAUACCUGGGCAUUCCCUACGCUACGCCGCCAACGGGGGAUCUGCGAUUCGCACGUCCAGUAGCACACCAUUCCAAUUCUACCGUUCGCGCGAGUACCUAUAGUCCAGACUGCCCAGCGAAUAUCGGUACAACGCCCGAUGAUUACCCCGGUUUCAGCCCCCAGGCUCAAAAGAUUAUCCAAACAUUUGCCCAGCAGUUGGGCACGCCUCAGAGUGAAGACUGCCUGUAUCUGAAUGUGUGGACUAGACCUGCAACAUCGGCCUUGAAGCCUGUGCUCGUCUUUAUCCACGGCGGUAGGUUCUCCUUAGGUGGUGCACAUAGCCCUUACUAUGACGGUCAAAUCUUGGCCGACGAACAAGAGGUGGUGGUCGUAACGUUCAACUACCGAUUGAACAUAUUUGGUUUCUCCGGCGCACCCAGGUUCCCCCAGAACGUAGCGUUACUCGACCAGCGCCUCGCAGUGGAAUGGGUCCAUCGCAACAUCCAAGCAUUCGGUGGAGACCCCAAUCGCAUCACAAUCUUCGGACAAUCCGCCGGCGGCGCCUCAGUCGACUACUACUCAUACAUCUGGACAGAGAAACCUCUCGUCAGCGGCCUCAUCUCCCACUCAGGAACAGCACUCAGCUUCAAGCCCAACACUCCCGAGGAAUCAGCCAGCUACUUCUACCACGUAUCCCGAACCCUAGGCUGCGGAAACAGCACCACCAACACAAACCACAUCAUCCAAUGCCUCCGCCAACAACCCUACAAAUCGAUCCUAAAAGCCGUCGCCAAAGUCCCAACCGCAUCUUCCCCCGUCCUCCCCCAACCCGUCUUCCACCCAACAGUAGACAACAUAACCAUCUUCGACGACUACGCCCAAAGAUCAGCCACCGGAAACUUCAGCCGCAUCCCAUACCUGGUAACCAGCAACGCCAACGAAGCAGGCUACUACCGCGUCAGCGCCUACGCCGCCAACAUCUCCCACCCCGACCCCGUCUGGGACCUAUUCAACCAAGCCGCCUUCACCUGCCCCACGGGGCAAACAGCAGCGCACCGCGCCGCAGCCGGCGUGCCCGUCUGGCAAUCGCGGUACUUCGGCGACUGGGAGAAUCUCCGCCUGUACGCGUCCAGUGGCGCGUACCAUGGCAUCGAUCUCCCCAUGGUCUUCGGCACCGCGAGCAAGAUCAGUGGGAUAGCUGACUCUAAGACGGAACGCGAGUUCGCAAGGUAUAUGGCGUCAGCGUGGGCUGCUUUUGCGGGGGAUCCUGUGCAUGGAUUGAGUCGGUUUGGGUGGCCGCGGUAUGACGAGAGUGGGGAAACGCUCGUGGGUCUUGCUUAUGGGAAUUCGACCGGGGCGAGGUUCUUUGUUCCGUCGUCUUGUAAUAUCCAUAUUUCUUUCCUACUGUUGAACGAAAUGGCCGAUUUCUCAGAGUAUACUACGCCCCAUGAAGAAUGGCUCGAGUUGGAGAAAUCACUCCCGGAUAUCCCCAAGGGUUUGAGCAUAGAGCAGCUGAAGGCGGCGGCAAAUCGCGAUCGCGAGGCUAUGGCUGCGAAGGCUAUGGUUGAGGAAGGUCUGGUAUCGCAGGUGUCCAUGCAAGAUUACACGAUCCCGACGCGCGACGGAGAGUCGCUGGAAGCUCGCACUUACCGGCCGUCGUCGGUGCCUGCUACGCAGCGGUUGCCGGUUUUUAUCUUUUACCAUGGCGGUGGGUUUGUCAUGGGCACUCUGAGUUCGGAGGAUGCGAUCUGCUCGCGCAUUGUCGUUGCCCAGGUGGCUGCGGGAUCUCCCGUGGUGGUGGUCAAUGUGAAUUACCGUCAUACCCCAGAGUACACGUAUCCGACCGCUUGGAAUGAUGCAGAGGAUUCCUUUCACUGGGUCCAUGACCAUAUUGGUGAUAUCGGCGGCGAGGCGGAGAACGUGGUCGUCGGGGGCAUUUCGGCGGGGGCCUAUCUGGCGGCGUCUUUGACGCUGGGGCAGAACAUCGGGGAGGAUGUAUCGUUGGCUCAGAGGCCGAAGGUCCGGGGCCAGGUGCUCAUGAUCCCGGCUCUUGUUACGGAGGACUGUUAUGCGUCGCUGGUUGCGCAGCUUCGUGAUCCCUCUGUCUCGAGUUAUGUGGAGUGCGAGCAUGCGCCGAUUCUCCCCGUCAGCAGGAUGCGUUUGUUUGGACAGUUGCUCAAGCCGGAGGUGAAUGGGUCGGAGUUGGGAGCUGAUAGACGCAUUAAUCCGGGACUUGCGACGGCGGACGAGGUCAAGGGAUUGCCGCCUACGACGUUCGGAAUCGCAGGGAGGGAUCCCUUGAGAGAUGAAGGGCUGCUGUUCGCGAUGUUGCUGGCCGAGAAUGGGUGA